AUGGAGGCCGUCAGCGCGCUGCUGGCCGGCUGCCCGGUGGCCGGGGGGCUGGGGGUCACCGUCUGCGCUGCCGCCGGGCUGCUGCUCUACAAGAUCGCGCGGAGGAAGAAGCCCACACACAUGACUGUGAACUGCUGGUUCUGUAACCAGGACACGGUGGUGCCAUACGGGAAUCGCAACUGCUGGGACUGUCCCUACUGUGAACAAUACAAUGGCUUCCAAGAGAACGGAGACUACAACAAGCCCAUUCCUGCCCAGUACAUGGAGCACCUAAACCACGUCGUGUCAGGUGCUGUGACCUUUUGCGACCCCACCAAGCCACAGCAGUGGGUGAGCAGCCAGAUCUUGCUGUGCAAGAAAUGCAACAACCAUCAGACCAUGAAGAUCAAGCAGCUGGCAUCCUUUGCACCCAGGGAGGAGGGUAAAUACGACGAGGAGAUCGAGGUAUAUAAGCACCACUUGGAGCAGACCUACAAGCUGUGCCGCCCAUGCCAGGCCACUGUGGAAUAUUACAUUAAGCACCAGAACCGGCAGCUCCGGGCGCUGCUACUGAGCCACCACUUCAAACGCCGGGAGACCGACAAGCCCUAUAUGCAGAGCUUUUGCUCAUCCUCUUCCUCCAUGAGCACCCCAACUCAGGUGAUAAUUCUGCGGUUCCUGACCUUUCUCAGCUGUGUGUUCCUUGUCCUGAUGGCCUCGUAUGGGUCAGGUGAUCCCUUCUCACUCAAAGGCACGGCCUCUGCUCCUAUGGAAUCUGGCCCCACUGCCAUCAGGAAUGGGACUGGAGCAAGCCCAGCAGCGACCUCAGAGAAUCGCACUCUCCUGGGAGUUGCAGGCUGGUGGGAGCUGCUCCACCUGCUGCCAGAGAAAAUGGUGAGGAACUUGAGUGUCGCUUGGACCUACGGGAGGAACCAUCAGAUUGCAGUCGUCGUCCUUGGGCUGGCCACCUGCCUGUUAGCCAUGCUCCUGGCCGGACGGAUCAGGCUGCGGAGAAUCGAUGCCUUCGCCUCGGUCCUGUGGCUCCUGGUGAUGGGUUUGCACUUGGCUGAAAAGUACCUGAAGGCGGACAUGCCCAGCUGGCUGGACACGGCCAAAUUCGGCACCACAUCUCUGUGCUGCCUGGUGGGCUUCACCGCAGCAGUGGCCACACGAAAGUCAACGGGCCAACGGAGAUACCGGCCCCGAAGGUUUCUUUCCGGGGAUUCAGUUGCUCUGUUCCCCAAUGGCUCUGGGAUUGGUUUCCCUUGUUCCGCUGCCUCGCCAUCUGUUUUUAUACCAACGCCCCCCAGCAUCCUCCAGCUGACGAACCAGCAGUUCUUCAGAUCCCCACGCAGGGCUUCCUCUUCCUCGCUCCCUGGACGUCUGAACAGGGCCCUCUCGCUGGGCACCAUCCCUUCCCUAGCCAGGACAGAUUCUGGCUACUUGUUCAGUGGAAGCCGCCCAGCGUCCCAGGGAUCUCAGUCCAAGGAGUCGCCUGCAUCAGAGUACUACUCUCUGCUGUCUGGAAGCUGCGCCCCAUCCCCAAUCCCAUCUCCAGCACCUUCGGUGACUGGGUCCAUCACCUCCAGCUCAGGCUCCUUGCGUUACCGCCGGCCUCUCAUCAGUCCUGCACGCCUGAACCUGAAAGGACAGAAGCUGCUGCUUUUUCCAUCCCAGAGUGACGCCCUGCACACAUCGAUCAGCUUGGAUGAGCCCACUCACCCUGACAGCAACGUCUUCGCUGCUGAGCUGACCCCGUUCCCGAGAAAGAACCUCAACGAGCGGGGAAUGCAUGACAAGAGGUCAGUCAUGGAAAGAGGGAGUAUUUGCAGUAAUAAUUCCAUCAAAAAAGAGGAUAAUUCGUCACAUUCAUCCACCUGUGUGGUAGACACGACCACCAAAGGAGAAGACCUAGCAGGCUGGAGAGGUCAUGUUGGUAACUCGGUUAUCCGAGGUCUCCUUGCCAUGAGCCUGACAGCCAAUGCGAUCUUCACAUCAGCCUACCUCUACCAGAGCCUGCGCUGACCUGCAUUGCCCCGGCUCUCUGUGGCACCACCUACUUCCCAAGAGACUCUGACACAAGAAGAAUUCAACCACAGCUUUGGUGACUUAUGGCUGUGCCACAGGUGCAUGCUGCUUAUGAACCACUGCCUGCCAGGCUGCAGUGACACAGAACCAGACAGCUGCUGCUGCCACCUUCUGAGCAGAACGUAUCGAAGGGCUGUUGUGAUGCUGGAGGUGGCCAGCGGGAUUCUUUGCAAUACUCAGCUCAAGGUCAGCUAAUGUCCCUUGCACCUUCUUUCUAAAGAAUCAGUCUGUGGCAUGAACUGGAGAAGAUGUAAAUGACCUGGUUGGCUUUGUCUCAUCCCAUCUUCCCCACCUAUUAACCAAUCUCAGAUGGACGGUGGUGAUGGAAUAAGAAGAAAUUGAACAAAUAAGUUGGAGACAAGACAAGUUGGGACCUAGGCUUUGAUUAUUGAAAUGGUUUCCCAGCCUGGUUUCCUCAUUGGCAUCUAUUCUCCCUCCCUCUCACUCUCCCUGGUUCGUUCUAUAUGAAUGGUUUUAUGUCCUCCUUAAGGUUUCCAGAACCCAUGGCGGGAACCUAAGCUGCUCUGUGAUUCUCUUGCAUGGUGGGUGAGGUGUGUGUGUGGGGGGGGGGGUGUACAUCCAUCCAAUAUGCUGUCUGAGGUCUCUCUAGCCAGUAGCCUUCCUGCAAUUCUGGCUCGUGGUAACAGUUCGUGUCCAUUGCUCAGACCAGUACAGCUGCUGUAGAGCUGGGCACGUCUGCAUCAGAAAAGCAGACCACGUUUUUUGCCUUGCCGGGAGGUGCCAAUACUACUGUCAUAAGAUGUGCCCUGAUGCACUUGCAUCAUGCCUCAGGGGCUCCAGGCUGCAGUUCUGACUGGUGUGUUUGCUGACAUCAGGAGCUGCACAGCUUGUUCGUACUGUAAACCACAUAAACCUGCUGUUUUGGAAACUGUGUGAAGAGCGCUUCUAACGGGGAGGAGUCUGAUAACAUGCCCAACUCUAGAGGCCUGGCUCCUCGUGGUUGGCUGAGGCCUGUAUCAUUCACUAUUUAAGGUAUUGCCUUCUUGGCUAAACUGCAAGUCUCUCUCAGCUAGAGAUGCACCAGACCAGCUAAGCAUCCAGGAUGUCCUUUAAAAUCCAUGGUGGUAGCCCAAGACUUUCAAAAAUAGUUUCUAAUUUUGAGAGUCUCAGUUUCUUGGGUGUCCAACUUGAAAUGCCUUAAAGGAGCCAGGUAAUUUUUUUUUCCAGAGGGUGAGUGUUUAGCAUCCUUGGAAAUCAGGUCCCUUUAAGGUGUCAAGUUGGGCACCCAAAAUCACUAAGCAUGUCUGAAAAUUUUGGCCCUAGUGUCUAAAUUCCUAUAUCCCAACCACGUGGCACAAAGGAGACCUAGCUAACACUAAGGAUGAGGCCUCUGAAGCAUGACAGAACUCUGCCCAGAACUUUCCUGUUGUCCUGGUCUUGAAUCCUCUUACCUCUCCCCAUCUUCUGUUCUGGAACUACUGAAUUGCGUUUGCCAUGUUUCUUCCCCACUGUAUGCCCUGCUACUGUUUACUUUAGGCAUUCCUCCACCUCCUCCACACCCAACCACCAUGGUAGUCUGCUGGCAAUAAGAGACUUCCCCAUUAAUCUGAAAAUCUCAUCUCAUCGUGGGGAUCAGGUGCUUUAAGAAACUGCUUUUCCUUCAUGUUGCUUAUUGAGUCAUCAUGCCCUCUCCUAGACAAACAGUGAUAACCUAACACUCUAAUCAAUGUGCUGCCCAUCCAGGUGGGUGGCCUUUAGUGCUGGUGACUCGAGCUGUAGAAAAUCAAGUCUUGCUCCCCCUGUGUGUCUGGCAAGUAUCCUUGCAUUCUCUUCGCAACCCUUGUCCAGCCCCUAUUGAUCAGCAAAGCCCUCUCUCUCAUUACAUGGAGGAGACUGACUGGCUGCCACAGGCUUUUAUCAAGAGAUUGUGGAAGCAGGAUCUCCAACUCUGCAGCUUUGUCUGGACCUUCCUUUGGUGUUCUGACCCGGCUGUCUACCAGGCAACUCCUUCACAACAGCCUAGAUUGAGACUAGCAGCUGCAUCAGAAAUAGUGGGUCAUGCAGGAUGCUGAUCAGAACUCUUUGUAACUUGGAUUAAUGGUUUCCCAUGCUGGGCUAGUCCACAACCUCACUGUGAGAUUUGUUUCCCUUUGACCUUUCUUUGGGUUGUAUUUAGUGUUCAUACAGGCAAAAAACUGGUAGUGCCCCUGCGCUGGUGAGCAUUCCACAAGCUUCUCCAUACCAUUGUGACACUGUAACUCACUCCUGACCCACAACAACAUGUGGUAUCCUGGUCAUGGCCCCUUGUCCUGACUUUCGGCAUGCCCACAUGCUCCUAAGCAGAGACUGCAUCCCGUAGACUACGGUGGCCUUGGGUGUCUUAUGAUAGAUGUGCACUGUGACUUUGCUUAUUCCAUGAAAUUCGUUUCACUUCUCACCUCCCAGUCUGUGCUGCAUUUACCCAACGCCACAUCUAGCACACGGCCCCACGUCACAUGGCUUUUAUUUGUCCCCACCAAACUCCAGUACUGGAUUUGCCCCUUUCUAGCAUUUCUUCUUUGUUCCCAGCACCCACGACUCUGUACGCUCCCAGCCCCUCCUUUCUCCCUUUUGCACAUUUCUUGUUUCAGAAACUCCUUAAUUCCAUUUCUGAAUCUGCUGCUGGUUGGACUCCUGGCCAAGCAUUAGGUGACCCUGUCUGAAGCUGUUUAAAAGACUUCUUGGAUGUUAUCACUUAAGAGGAACAUCACAAGCCCUUUAAAUCUGGUGCUAGAACAAGGCAGGAGCGGUGCUAUUGCUGAUGCAAAGCCUUCACUCUUGUUGGGGUGUGUGCAUGUGUGUGUACAUGUGUAUAGAAAUGUUUGAAGAGUUUCUUCAUUUUGAAAGAUCCGAGCCCAUGUUUGUCACUAUAUUGUCAGCCUUAAUCCAGCUACCGGACACUGUGUCCAUCUUGCUGCUGCUGCUGUUUCUAUAUAACAGGUUUGGAGGAAUCAAAAAUCUGGUUCCCCGAUAAAAAUCUUUGUGCAUGAAUUGCUGGUGGCAUGGGUCUUCGUACAAUAUUGUUCAGGGAUGGAAUUUUAUUAUUCUAAUUGUUUUUGCUGUAGAAGCCUUUGAGGGGUGGGGGUGGGGAUGGAUGUAAACUUUCUGUACAUUAAACAAGAUUUGAGCUUUAUUUAAAUAAGGUCAAGGUUGACUUAGAGGUGGGACGUAAAUGAACUCUUACCAAAAGGAACCUCAGCCUUGCUGCUGAAUGAUCACCCUCUCAUCCCCCAUUCUCCCUUAAAGAUGCCCACAUCCUUCCUCUCAGUGCCCAGAUUUAUUAUCCAUGUCCCAAGAUCUUAGAGAGUCUUCCCAUGAUUCUGUCAGCUCUGAAUUAAGAGUAUCUUGGAUUCCUAAUGCUACUUUUUCCAGAGCAUGGCUGUAUCAGCGGGUGUGAUGUAUAUUGUUAAGGGAGUGGAGAGAGUUUGAAGGACAAGUUGUCAUAUCCUAUAAUAGCCCAGACCUAGACGUAAGCAUUCCUGGCACGUAAGCAGGCUGAACUCGCUGCAGUUCAGCCCGCUUACUCGGUGGCAAAUUUUGGCCUGUGAAUGUCCAAAUCCCACUCUCUAUUCCUGGGUGACAGUAACAUUGUGAAACAUUGCCGAACUAAUUGGGGGUCUCUAAAGGGAUGCAGCUGGGAGCCUGUGCUGCCUCUGGAUACUGCUAUAUUUCCCAGCCACCCUUCCUGGAAACAUCUUAGUCUUAACUUCUAUCCCAGAUGUCUGUAAGAAUGUCAGAAAGCACCUAUUUGGUCAGUGCAAGGAAGCUGUUUCCAUAAAAGCUGCCUCCAGAAGUGACUAUCAAAUCCUCUGUGUCCUUCGAUGAGUGGGGAGGGGUUUGAGGUACCUGCUGGUAGAAGUGGGUAGUUGGGGUGGGGGGAGAGGAGGGAAUGAUGAAGAGGAGUCUUAAACCUUAUCUCCUACUAAAGAAAUGUUGUAUGUUAUCUGUAUGCUUGUUUUGGGCUCUUAUGCUGUACAGUUUAGUUACACUGUGCUCCAGUUACGGGGAACUCUGUCCCGAGGAGGUUUUUAGUUCAUGCUCUGUGUUUAAAGAGGAUUAUUUUUCUUUAAAAAACAAAAGGAAAAAAAAACCAAAAAAAGUUAAAAUUCUAAAUCUCACUUAAAUGUGUCUCAUUUGUGUGUGUGUGUGUUUGUACACACGUGGGGCAGGGGAGACCGCAGGUGUAUGCGCAUGUGCACCUUGUAAUCAAGCUGUGAUGUCAAAUCUACACAGAGUUAGCAGACAACUCACGGCAAUGCCAGUUGCCCCUAUGCAGUUGCCCACCAAUGAGAUGCAACCCUGACCUGGAGGG